AUGGAAGGCUUGGUGGCCAAGCUUGGAGACGAGAUCACCGACGUCGACGAAGAGACUUUCGACCUGUUCUCCCAGACCCUGCCGUCUCACGAUCUGGGUAUGAUCGAUGGCAAAGCCGACACAAUCGAGCUUACCAUCGCUGGCCAUGAUUUCGGGGUCAAACAGUCGCCUGGUGUUUUGCAAUCAAAUCGAGCGGGAGGGACGACUGGUGCCGCGAUCUGGCAAGUCUCUGUGCGCUUUGCUGAGUGGAUGGGAUGGUCGAAGAAUCCGUUGUUCCAGCACGAAGUCUUGAGCAACGAUUCCACUGUCCUUGAACUCGGAGCUGGCAUCUCUGGGUUCCUGCCGUGCCUGAUCAGUCCUAAAGUCCGCAAAGUGGCUGUCACUGACCAAAAUUAUGUGCUCAAAGCAACACAGGAGAAUGUUGCAGCCAAUAUCAAGCCCGUCAAACGUCAGCACAAGACGAAAGCAAAGACCACUUCUGUCACCGACUCGUUGUCACACACAAAUGUCGACGUCUUUGCUCUUGACUGGGAGAACGAUGAUGUACAUAGCACCCUAUCAUCUCAUGGAUUGCCCCGUGGAGUCGAUCUUGUCCUGGCUUGCGACUGCAUCUUCAACUAUGCACUCAUUGAUCCAUUCGUCCAAACAUGUGUGGAUGUCUGCAAGAUGCGGCCGAGCGAUGGAAAAGAGGAAUCGAUGACUGCCACGGUCUGUGUGAUUGCUCAACAACUUCGACAGCCAGAAGUGUUCGAACAAUGGCUCGAAACUUUCCUCCGAUCUUUCCGUGCAUGGGGAAUGCCAGACGAGCUACUCACCGACGACAUCAAGUCUGAUAGUGGAUUCGUUGUGCAUAUCGGCGUCUUGAAGGCGGGCACCUAG